AUGGAUUCGUUACCAACAUACGAGGAAGUUAUUUACAAUGAUUUAAAUAAAUCCAACAUUUUAAAAGCAAAUUCUUUUAACGAUAAAUUGAGAGAGAAGAGUCAUUUUGACACGAUUCAUUAUGUUAAGAAAAAUGAUACUUUAAUUGGGUUAGCUUUUAGCUAUGGAGUUGAGAUAGCAGAUAUUCGUAAAGCAAAUCGAUUAUUUGAUGACAAGAUCAUAGCUCGUUCGACUUUAAUAAUCCCAAAUUAUGUUGGACCUUCUUUAUCAGAGAAGCUUUCAGAGGAAGAAGAGAACAAAAUCUUGGUAAAACGUUUUCAGAUACAAUCUAAAUGUAUCGACCAAAUAGAAGCCAAGUUUUAUAUGGAACAAUCAAAUUAUAAUAUUGAAGAUGCCGUACAAUUAUAUCGCGAUGACCUAUUAUGGGAAAUGCAACAUCCGAUGAAAGAAAAAUCUCGACUGAUUAAACUGACUAAAUUCAAAAAUAUUAAGAGCAAAUUGGAAUGA